AAAGAACCUAGAUCGUGCCGUGAUAUAUCCGGCAAAAGCCGACGUUCAAACUUUGAACCAAACAAUUCGUUCCAUACACCCAAAUUGAACUGCCCGACACCGUUAUCGACGUCCUCCUCAAGAUCAAGAUGAAGUACAACCCUGACGUCUCCUCUUCGCGGCGCAAGAACCGCAAGGCCCAUUUCAGUGCACCCUCCUCAGUCCGUCGCAAGAUUAUGUCGUCAUCCCUAUCCAAAGAACUUCGGGCGAAAUACAACACACGGUCACUACCGAUCCGCAAGGAUGACGAAGUACGGAUUUUGCGGGGGAAAUACAAGGGUCGGGAAGGAAAGGUCACACAGGUGUACCGCAAGAAAUGGGUUAUUCAUGUUGACCGUGUGCAACGCGACAAAUCCAACGGUGCUACUUCUCCCAUCGGUAUCCACCCCAGCAAAGUUGUGAUCACCACCAUUAAGCUUGACAAGGAUCGUCGGGCAAUUCUUGACCGCAAAGACAGAUCAAAGAUUGCACAACCCGCCGCCACCGAGGAUGUUGAGAUCGUGGACGCGUAUUGA